AUGGCUAUCAAAGCCGUCAAUGAUACCGUAGGACCAGAUGGGAUAGUUCUAACCAUACUCGUUUUUGGCGCUUACCCGCGCAUAACGACUGACUCGCCCCCAUCCGCGAACGGCCCAAUUAUCACGGAAACGCUUAAUCUUGUACCAGAGAGCGAAGUCAAAGUAUGGUGCGAAGGAGAUGGUUGGUCAGGACCGUACAAAGUUAUAUCAGUCAAUGGCCAUGAUGUGACUGUAGAUCUUGGAAAUGGUGCUGUUGCAUUCAGGGCGACGUUGGUACAGCAGUAUUUACGUGAUAGCAAGAAUGAGAGUGAUCGCCUGAUUAGAUUGCCUCUCUCUCCCCCCCAAGAGGAUCUCAAUUGCCAGGACGGUCGGUCCCAAGUCAACUUCGACCAGACUCCGAGGACUAGAGCAAGGGUAAGACUGCAAGACCAUCCUACAAAUCCGAAUCACUAUGUUGAGACUAGGGGAGUCCACGCACUGCAGACCCCCGAGAUGCCUGCGUUGCCACGCCGCCGAGGACAACCGCGUGGUUCCAAAAAUAAGCUAAAAGCGUACGCCGAAGUGUUCAUAUCCAAAAAGGAGAGAGACGACCUUGAACUUGCCAUCAAGCUGCGGCGUGAAGGCAAGAUCGCCACCAACGGCGCGCCGUUUGAAUUAUCAGGAAAAACAGAGAUCAACAGCUUGAUAGUAAAUAGGACCUUCAAGAUCCUUCACUGUGCCGAUAUGGACCUGCGUGGCAUCAGAAUUUUCAAUUCCCACCUUGUCAACGAGAUAAAGGGCAAGAACAAGAUUCCCUAUGAGAAAUCUUGA